GGCUUUAAUAUAAUCAAUUUGGAACCUCUCGAUCUGACCGGUUUUAUCGUAUUUACCCUUUACGGUUACGCAGUAUUCGACAUUUUACCCUUCAAUUUUGACCCCAAUUUUUGACGGUUCCAGUUACGCUGUAUCUUUAUAUGACACCCGGUGCCUCGUGCCGGGGUUUACUAACCGGGUACAACCCGUAACAAUCUCCCUCGUAUUCGUUACUUCACUCUCAUCCGGUCAUGGUAAUCUUGAGCCGUUAGGUCCUCUUCCUGCAAAAUACCUGGUAUCUUUUGUGGCUGUCCUAGAAAAACACCAUUUAUCUUGGUUGACUCCCUAUUUCGGUUGGCCAUGAAUGGACUGGGUCCACCCGUCAUCCCACCCAAAGCUCGACGGCACGAUUCCAGUGUCAUAGGAACGUCUACCAAGAAGACAGCGACAGCCGUCAGUGCCAGUAUCGAAUCAACCCUCGAGGUGUCGGCAUGUCCUCCGGAAGCUGGCCAGAAAGGUGAUUAUGUGUCGCAAAUUCCGAGCCGAGGUGAUGGAUGGCUUCCCAAUGUCGUUCGAGAUAAAUCGACGCAAGACCUAGCCAAUGUCCUGGCACAACCUGCGCUUCUAAACGCUCUCACCGAAUCACCAGGCACCAUUCACGAAUCCCGUUUUGACUCUCAUCUUACCCUGGACGCUGCAUUGACUAAGAAUAUCGAGCUCGCUGCUCAAUUGAUCGAACUAGAAUCGAAGAUCAACCAUCAACGGUCUUCGACGCAAACCCAGCUCCUUUCGACACAUGCAAUUGAGAGGCAGUGGCGUCAAAAGCAGUCUAAUAUGGAUGUCGUCUUAGGCCCCUUCUCUCCUGCCUCUCUCUACCAACGUCUGGCACAAGGGGUCCAUGAGCAGGCAGCUGUAUGUUCUGCCAUGCAGGAAAGUUUCAUAGAGAACAGCGUGGUCGGAUCGACUGCUUUGGAGAGAGAAGUCGUGGACUGGAUUCGCGGAUAUAAAGAUGCAAAGACUCUGUAUUAUCUUCGCCAGGAACGUAAGAAUCGGUGGGACGAGGGUCGAGUGGCUGGUUGGAGAUAA